AUGGCCACCUCCCAGCCUCCCCUCCGCUUUGUGUCCCAUCACAAUCUAUUGUAUCGCCUGGUCCUAGCUACCCUGACCGGCCGAACAGUCCACAUCUCCCAAAUCCGAUCAAACUCGCCCACCAACCCAGGCCUCGCACCUCAUGAAAUCUCCUUCCUUCGCCUACUGGAAGCCGUUACCAAUGGCUCCCAGAUGGAAAUCUCCUACACCGGUACAAUUCUAGUCUACAAGCCGGGUCUGAUCACCGGCAGCUCAUCCGGUACCGGCGCCAGUGGCGGCAUGAUCAACUACGAACUGCCCGCAGGAUGCACCCGCGGUCUGAGCUACUAUCUCAUCCCUCUGUGCCUGCUCGCCCCAUUCUCAAAAGCGCCUAUGAAGGUCCUUUUCACCGGCCCCGGCGUGAUCACCUCUUCCACCCCGACGGGGGACAUGUCCGUCGACAGUGUCCGCACCGCGAUUCUGCCGCUGUACAAUUCCUUCGGGAUUUUCAACAACAUCGAGCUGCGCAUCUUGCGCCGGUCAAAUCCCGGACCGAAUGGGAGAGGCGGUGGUGGAGAAGUGCAGUUCGUGUUCGGGCACCAGGUCCGUCUGCCCAAGACUCUGCACCUGAUGAACCCCGGCCGCAUCAAGCGCAUCCGUGGUGUGGCGUACUCGGUCGGUGUCUCAGGUUCCAAUAAUGCACGCAUGAUCGAGACGGCGCGUGGUAUUUUGAAUCCCUUGAGUCCAGACACUUAUGUCUUUUCGGAUGUGGCAUCUGCGCCUUUAGUACCUGCCCCGGAGAAGAACAAUCCCUCUGCGAAAAAGAAGAUCGGGCUUGGGUUUGGUCUGUCUCUGGUUGCAGAGUCAUCAACAGGCUGUCUUUACUCAGCUGAUGUGGCCUCCCCACCAUCUGGGGGUCAACCGCCAGAGGAUAUUGGGAAGCAGUGCGCGUACCAAUUACUCGAGACGAUUUCCAAGGGGGGUUGUGUGACUCCCGCGGCUGCGACGACUAUGCUGACGCUCAUGAGUAUGGGUUCGGAGGAUGUGGGUCGUUUGCAGAUUGGGAAGGAUGUCAUUGCCGACCCGACUCUGAUCCUAUUGGCAAGGGACUUGGCUAAAUUUGGUGCCCCCGGCUGGGGUAUUCGGGAUGCUAGCGGUGAGCAUGAGCAGAGCGAUGUGAUUGUCAGCGUGGUUGGCCGUGGUAUAGGCAAUGUUGGCAGAAAGGUUGCUUAA